UCUGUGAUUGGUCGCCUCGCGUGUCACUCAGGUUGCACCAGGCUAGGUGCAGCUUCACAAUUACCGCGGAAAAGAAAAAAAAAUAGACUUAAUCUGUCAAAGGGGAAUUUGUGUGCAGGAUGGGAAUGCUGUGACGGCUUCCAAGCAGAAAGCCACGUUAGGAGCACCGCAUUGCAACAAAUGCAAGGAAUAUUCACAUGAGAUGCUUCUCUAUAGUGUGCGUGCAGGUGCCAUCUGAACCAUUCCGCUGGUCGUUUGUCAUAGCUGGUCCCGAUCUGUCGCUUCAGCACCGGACAGCGACCUCGUAUCGGGCACAACGGGGAUCUCGAGGCGGGUCGGGUUCAUCCCUCGGCUUGAGUCACGGGGCGAAGGGGGCAAUAAUGCGCAUGGCCAAUAGAUGACUUCAGCACGUCAACAAGCUCUACGGAAUCCCGGACUAAAACAGUAUUAUUAUUAGCGCUACACCCCUACCCCCACCACCAUCACCCCCCUAGGAUUCACCUCGGUGUAGGCUACAGGCUGUACCGGCGCCAUGGGGAACCGUGGCAUGGAGGACCUCAUCCCCCUGGUCAACAAGCUACAGGAUGCCUUCAGCUCCAUCGACCAAUCAUGUAACCUGGACCUGCCGCAGAUCGCGGUGGUCGGCGGGCAGAGUGCGGGCAAGAGCUCCGUGCUGGAGAACUUCGUAGGCAGGGACUUUCUGCCCCGUGGAUCCGGCAUCGUCACCCGCAGGCCUCUGGUGCUGCAGCUUAUCAGCGCCAACGCAGAAUGGGCAGAGUUCCUGCACUGCAAGGGUAAGAAGUUCACCGACUUCGACGAGGUCCGCCAGGAGAUCGAGGCGGAGACGGACCGCGUCACCGGGGCCAACAGGGGCAUCUCCCCUGUCCCCAUCAACCUGCGGGUCUACUCCCCCCAUGUGUUGAACCUGACGCUGAUCGACCUGCCGGGCAUCACCAAGGUGCCGGUGGGCGACCAGCCCGUGGACAUUGAGCAGCAGAUCCGGGACAUGAUCAUGCAGUUCAUCACCAGGGAGAGCUGCCUGGUGCUGGCCGUCACCCCCGCCAACACCGACCUGGCCAACUCCGACGCCCUGAAGCUGGCCAAGGAGGUGGACCCCCAGGGUCAGAGGACUAUCGGAGUCAUCACAAAGCUUGACCUGAUGGAUGAGGGCACUGAUGCCCGAGAUAUUCUGGAGAACAAACUGCUUCCACUGAGAAGAGGUGCGUAUCCAUCCAUCCAACCUGAUGAACCCACGCCCUCCACCUUGUGUUUCCCUGGUCUACAGGAGAAGGAGAAGAAGUACAUGCUGCCGCUGGACAACCUGAAGGUCCGCGACGUUGAGAAGAGCUUCAUGUCCAGCAAGCACAUCUUCUCCAUCUUCAACACCGAGUCCAGAAACGUCUACAAGGACAACCGCACCCUGGAACUGGCCUGCGACUCCCAGGAGGACGUGGACAGCUGGAAGUCCUCUCUGCUCCGCGCGGGGGUCUACCCUGAGCGGACCACCAUGGUGGAGAGUGAGAGCUCCACCACCUCGGAGAACUUCUCCAUGGACCCCCAGCUGGAGCGGAAGGUGGAGACGAUCCGCAACCUGGUGGACUCCUACAUGGCCAUCGUCAACAAGUGCAUCCGUGACCUCAUGCCAAAGACCAUCAUGCACCUCAUGAUCAACAACGUGAAGGACUUUAUCAACGCAGAGCUUCUGGCCCAGCUGUACUCGGCCGGGGACCAGAGUGCCCUGAUGGACGAGUCCCAGGAGCAGGGCCAGCGCAGGGACGAGGUGCUGCGGACCCACCACGCCCUGAAGGAGGCCCUGGCCAUCAUAGGAGACAUCUCCACCUCCACCAUCACCACGCCCCUGCCCCCGCCAGUGGACAGCUCCUGGGUGGGGGGCAGCGGCGGCCGCAGGUCGCCUCCUCCGAGCCCCACAGCCUCCAGGAGGAUGUCUUCUGGCCAGCGCCCGGCCCCCCGAGGGGCCCCUCCACCCCCCAACCGCCCGGGGCCCCUUGGACCCUUUAAUAAUGCAGAGAGCCCCCAGGCUCCCAGCCGCCCAAACCGGGCCCCCCCUAGCAUCCCCAGCCGGCGGCCUCCACCCUCCCCAACCAGGCAAGCUCCACCCUAAUCACCAUGGAGACCGUGUCUGCAUAUCGGCUUGGGCCUCCACUCUCCUCCUCAUCCUUCCCUAAUCCCCCUCUCUCUGCCUCCUCUCUCUCAGACAUAUAUAUUGUCACUCUCCUUCUCUCUCAGCCACGUCUAUGGUCUCUCUCCCGCUCCCUCCCUUCCCUGCAGUGCACAAACAAACACACUCUCACAUACCUGCGAACACAUACAAAUACACACAAAAAUACACACACACAGCUGAGCUUCUACCCUCGACCCUGCCAGGUCCAUAUAUCUGUGUACAGUGUGGUACUGGUGCAUGUUGUGGUGUAUGUGUGUGUGCGUACGCUUGUUCUACUUGGCGAUGGUCUCCCGCUCUCUCUAGGGUUUUAGCUUCCCUCUCAUUCCCCAACCCCCCAAACCCUCCAAACUCCGACUCCACCUCCAACGCUUCUCCAUGGAUACGUGUUCAGCAGUGGCACUGCCCUACUUAAUCCAAGAUGAGCAUGGCACACUCGCUGCUUUUUUUUGCAUGGGAAAGUGUGUGUAGAAUGUGUGUCGAGAGUUUGUAUGUGUGUGUGUGCGUGCGAGUGUGUGUUCUCUGCGUCAGUUGAUGUGUAUGUGAACCAUGGGAGGGCCGUUGAUAUGCCUAUGUGUCGGUAAAGAGUAUUGUUUUAGCACUGUAUUAUUUAUUGUGUAUAAUAUACCCCCCCACCCACACACCCCCCCUCAGACCACCACCACCACCACUAUGUGUUAAUUAAUGGCUUGACGUUCUCUUAGGAACUAAAGUUGUAUCUCAGUAUGUACGCGUGUUUGUGUGUGGGUGCGUGUGCGUGCAGGUGUGUUUGUACUCAUUGGUUUAUGUGCGUACAUGUGUGUGUGUGUGUGUGUGUGCAAAUAACCUGUAUAUGUAUGUGUGCGAGUGUGCGAGGACAUGUGUGCAUGUACCGUCUGUCUGCACGUUUGUUGGCGUUUUAAGUUAAGUAUUCGUUUUCAUGGUCGAAUCUGUUACUACUAAUAUGGAUAUAAAUAAUAAUAACGAUAAUAAUAAUAAGGAAUCAUACAACCCCACAUGGGGUGACUUAAAUGUUGGACUUUUUUGUGCGUAUGUGAGUUCCUGUGUUGUAGUAGCAGCCAUACACACAUAGGCUGAGGAGCAGUGUCAGUAAGCUCUCUGUGGAAACCCGGCUCUACAAUGCAACGAAUCCUCCCCCCACCAAAAGGUUGCCAGAUUGGGCGGGAAAUCUGGCGCAAUCUGGCAAAACUGCCCCCACCUCUCCCAUGCCAUUGGUGUUCACUGUAUUACCAGUCAAGUUCUGACCCUCGCCCCCCAUAAGGAGCCCUUCCAGAUGCUGACUGGCUUGCGGUUGUGGAUAAAAAUACAAUUAAAUACAACUAAUAUAAUGAGGGAAGGAAAUCCCUAACCAUGGUGACGUGUCAGUUUAGCUCUUUGCUGCUCAGGUGUGAAUAUAAGGCGACUGUGUGCAUCCCCCUUCACCUGUACCAGUCUCCUCCUAAAGGGGCCUGGUUCAGCCAGCAUCUGUCGCCUGCUCCUUCAGGGGGGGACGCCAGUGUUCAAGUGAUCUCUGUCGGUGUGUUUAUCGUGUUCGUGGGUCUUCUCUAUUGAAACUCUGUGCUGAUAUGUAUAUAGGUUAAUGAUAAGGUGGUAUUGUACCCUGUAAUGACCUCAUUUAAAGAAUCCUAGCGCUUUACUCGUGUAUCUGUGUCUCUAUUAUCACUUAACAAUCUCUUCUCUGGACUGCCUUACUGGCAUGGAUUGAGACGGACCGACAAAGUGUUUUCCGUGGAUGUGAAUGGUGUCGUCCACUAGAGGGCGUAGAGUACAACUGGGGAAUAAAUCAGCUGUUUAUUUUUCUCUGUGUCUCUGUAUCCCUCCUCCUCAAUAAACUUGUUCCUCAUAACUA